AUGCCACCUCUCGCGGGCUUUUCAGACAACCCAUUCCGCACUCGGGGCGACGUCCUCGUGGCUGUCAAGGCCCUCCUACGACCUUUGCUUCCUUAUUUCUCUCCAGGAUGCGCCCGGAUUUGUAUCCCCAUAGCCACUGGCACACAUUUCGACGAAACUGCGGCCCAGCUCGAAGGCUACGCCCGGCCACUAUGGGUCGUUGCGGCUCUGCUUCUGAGUGGUGACGAGCCUGACUGGGACCUGAUACAGCCAUGGAUCAAGGGCAUAGAAAUCGGGACCAACCCAGAGCACCCCGAGUUUUGGGGGCACAUCCGGGAUUACGACCAGAAGAUGGUUGAAUGUGAGAUGAUAUCUUUUUUACUACUAGCCGCACCAAAAGAGCGGUUGUGGGGAAGGCUAGACCCCAAGAUUCACCGCAAUAUAAUAGCUUGGCUGUCAGAUAUUCAAGUCAGAGCCAUGCCAGCUGCAAACUGGCUUUGGUUUCGCGUCUUUGUCAACUUGGCUCUUCUGAAAACAUGUGGGGUAGACACGCCUACAGUACGAGAGUCCCUUCAAAGUGAUCUCGAGAUGCUUGACACGUUUUAUGUUGCGGAUGGGUGGUCCGGAGAUGGUCUCUGGAGAUCAGCAGAGUUGGAUGAAAAGGAAUGGGAGAUAUAUAAACAAACUGGGCGAGCGAAUGCGCUUCCUAAUAGUAGAAAUAUGUGCUACUACUCGGGGAGCUUCGCCAUCCAAUUCAGCCAGCUCCUAUAUAUCCGCUUUGCCGGAGAUUUGGACCCCGAAAGAACCGAAAGAUACCGCCAACAAGCACGAGAUUUUGGUGCUGGAUUCUGGAGGUAUUUCGACUCGCAGGGUGCAGCGAUACCAUUCGGUCGUUCUUUAACGUACCGCUUUGCCUGUGGUGGUUUCUUCGCAGCACUCGCUCUGGCUGGAGUUGACCAGAUGCCCGCACCGCUUCAAACAUUGGGCGAUGUCAAGGGGUUUCUCCUACGCCAUCUCAGAUGGUGGGCGAGACACUCGGAUAAUAUCUUUUAUCCAGAUGGAACGCUAAAUAUCGGCUGGGUUUAUCCGAACUGGUAUCUAGCUGAAGACUACAACUCGCCUCAAUCCGUCUAUUGGGCUCUGAAAUCUCUUAUAAUCGUCGCUUUAGAUGCCGAUCAUCCAUUCUGGGUCCAGCCUGAAACGCCAUAUCCUGAUGGCGGUGGAGUGAGUCUGGUUUCUGCACCACAACAAAUACUAUGUAACCAUCCCCGAGGGAGUCACCAUUUUCUUCUAUCCUUCUCUCAGUUUAUCGGUAUUCCUUUCAAAGCUUCAAGGGCCAAAUACUCCAAAUUCGCCUACUCAUCGGCAUUUGGGUUCUCUGUCCCCAAUGGGCCUGUUUCGCUAAGACAAUCACCACCUGACAAUAUGCUUGCUUUUAGCAGAGAUGGUGGCGACACUUGGGCCGUGAAAUACAAGGCAGAGCAAGCUAAGUUUGGUAGAAUCAUGGUUUGUGAUGAGGAAGUACCCAUAGGAACUGUAUCGUGGUACCCCUGGACUGAUCGUAGCGUUGUUGUGACGACUACUAUGAUCCCGCCAACGUCGAGAUGGCCAGACUGGCACAUCCGCGUUCACAAAAUUAAGGCGACCAAUUCAACCUCACGAGUGUUCCUGUCCGAGGGAGGGUUUGCAAUUAAUAGUCGCCAGAAGGGCAAUCAUCUACUGCUGCCUGAAGUGACGGUAGAUGAGCAAACUGACGCAGUCGAUGAAGGCAUCAUUCGUACCGAUAAUUCGGUUCUGGUCUUGAAUAAUGGCGAUGCAGUCGGGAUUUCCAUCGAUGAACCAACAAGAACCUCCCUCAGCUUCUCAAUGUCGGCCUUCGAUCCGGAACCAAAUACUAAUCUAAUGGUAUCAAGAAGCCUAAUACCGUUGGUUGAAUAUGACAUUGAAGACGGCUUUAAAGAAAAAGAAGAGAUUAUUCUUGUUGCCAAAGUCUUUGCGAUUUCAGCGAAGGCCAGCUCUAUGAGAAAACCUUCGUAUCCAAUGGAACGAUGGCUAGACGCACCUCGCGUCACCUUUGCGGAAACAAGGCAGUCAACUAACAGUGAUAAUAAUAUUUAUGUCGAUAUUUCUUAA